AUGCCAUUUCCCGAAGAAACACUCAAGAACCUUGCAAAGACCGUGGAAGAUGCCUGCGCCAACGCCAAAACCGAUAUUCCAGGAGUCAGUGUUGUUGUAGUCGGCAAAGUUAGGAAAGAGCUGUUUGCACACGCGGCAGGCCAGCGAGGCAUCAGCUCUUCUGACCCAAUGACUCUAGAUAAUGUAUUCUGGAUCGCAUCGUGCACAAAGAUGAUAUGUGGCAUAGCAUGCACACAGCUGUUGGAGCAGGGCAAGCUGCAUCUGGACGACGGAGACGAGACCGAGAAGCUCAAACCGGAGCUCAAAGAUUUACAGGUCUUACAAAAGGACGGGAAGCUCAUUCCUAAGAACAAGAAGAUUACCUUGAGGAUGUUGCUUACUCACACUGACAUCCUACAGCCACUUGUCUUCCAGCCGGGGGAAGGCUGGGAAUACGGCUUGAAUAUCGACUUCGCUGGUCUUGCACUCGAGCGUGUCACCGGGAUGUCGCUGAAUGAUUACUUCCACAAGAAUAUCUUCGAGCCGCUUGAACUGAAGAAUAUCUCCCUGUUCCCGACCGCUGAGAUGAAGAAGCAGCUUGCGUACAUGAAUCAUCGGAACAAAGAUGGCUGGCUCAUCGCUCGCGAUCCUUUGUUACGCAAGCCACUUGUAGCAGAGCCCUCAGAGGUCAAAGAUGCUCUGAACGGUGCUGGUGCGGGCUGUUUUGCGAAGCCUUCGGAUUAUGCUCGUAAGUCGCACGCCAUUCGGCGCCUCGGAAAACGCUCGCUGGUAUCGCGCAGAAAUCAUCGCAACGCUCCUGAACAACGGGACGUCUCCAACCACUGGUGCGAAGCUACUCGAUAA